AUGGCUGAUGAAAAAAUGGAAGCUAACCACUACAGCAAUUUCGUACUGGGGAAUGCACAAGUGAAGGAGUACCCCAUAGUCUACUGUUCGGAUGGCUUUGUUGAGUUGACGGGUUUCAGCCGCUCGCAGAUCAUGUCACGUUCCUGCAGUUGUGCUUUCCUCUGGGGUCCCAACACCAGUGAGACCGCCAAGGACAGCAUCUGGUCCGCGUUGAAGGUGCAUACGGAGCUCAAGAUAGAGGUUAUUUUCCACAAAAGGAACGGAGCGUCUUUCAACUGCCUCUUGGAUAUCGUGCCGAUAAAGAAUGAGAAGGGUCAAGUUGUAUUGUUCCUAGUCUCGCACAAGGACCUGACAGCACAGAAGAAGACAUCAGGAAUCACAACCAGUCUUCUGUCCUGUGGUCUGGCCUCAACUCUUACACCAGCGGCGUUGGUUGCCAAGCGACAACCGGCUCUAGUGCUUCCCUCAGGAAACCAGAUUCCCCACCGAGUAGUACCCAUCCGCCGCGGCAAUACCGCCCAUCCUGUGAACACCUCCUCUGUACCCUCUACCUCCGCCUCGGCCACGCCUCUUCUCAACCGCCGAGCUUCCGCACCCCAAGGAGAAAGGGAGUCGGCAGUGUGUUUUCGAUUCGGCUCCACUUUCGGCAUUCGUCAUAGUUUAGUUCCGCACUGGAAUAAAAAUGAGGUGGUUUCCUCUGCCCCUUCACCUCCAUCAACACAUUCGUUAUCACGGCAACAACAACAACCACCGCAAGCGUCACCUUCGUCGGCGACAAAAACGCUUGCUCUUCCAUCACCAAAUUAUGCCAAUCAUCUCCUCAUUGACUCGGAGAGCUUUUCGGAUUAUUCGCAGGCCUCUUCCAAAAAACCGAAGGAGCAGGUUUCCUCCUCUUCCUCCUCAUCUUCACCUACCGAGUCGGAUGAUGGUACCUCCUCCUCCACCUUCAAAUACCAGAGACGCAGAAGUCGGGCUGUUCUCUACCACCUCUCAGGCCGGUUCGACAAAAAGAAUAAACACAAUAAGCUCAAUUUUAAACGUGUGCUUCCACAUCUCUCCACCAAGAAUUCCAUUCCUGAGUACAAAGUGCAGGAUCUGAAGGCCUCGCGGUGUAUUCUCUUGCAUUACAGCAUUCUCAAAAUAGUCUGGGACUGGCUGAUUGUCCUUUGCACCUUCUACUUUGCCGUCAUGGUGCCCUACAAUGCAGCCUUCCAGAGGGACAGCAAUGAAAGAACUCUCCGCACCCUCGAUAUGAUUAUUGAGGUGCUUUUCAUUGUUGACAUAUUACUGAAUUUUCGGACGACGUUUGUCAGUAAAAGCGGACAAGUAGUACACCACUCGAAGGAGAUCGCCCUGAACUACAUCCGUGGAUGGUUCAUUCUCGAUCUCAUCGCGGCUGUCCCCUUUGAUGUGAUCUGGACUAUCCAAAGUCCUGAAUCGCCUGUGGCAAAUUGGAUGCAUCUGAUGAAACUGGCACGAUUGCUUCGACUGGCACGACUUUUUCAGAAAAUCGAGCGCUACUCCCAAUACAACGCGGUGGUUCUGAGCAUUCUGAUGUGCAUGUUUUUCCUCCUCGCCCAUUGGUUCGCCUGUGGAUGGUUCGGACUGGGCAGUCGAGAGCUCAUGAACCUGAAGACGCGAAAUCACAGCUGGUUGUUUGAGCUGUCGGAGCGAACUAACGCUUAUUAUGGGGCCAACAUGACAGGUGGGCCAAGUCGAAGUAGUAUCUACAUUUCUAGUCUCUACUUCACAAUGAGCAGUCUCACCUCCGUCGGUUUCGGCAAUGUCUCACCCAACACGAGCAAUGAAAAGGUAUUCUCCAUUGUCUCCAUGCUGGUGGGAGCUCUCAUGCACGCAGCAGUGUUUGGCAACGUGACAACCAUCAUCCAGCGCAUGUACACACGACGAUCAGCCUACCAGACGAAGAAUCAGGACCUGAAGGACUUCACCAGGGCACAUCACUUGCCGAAGCAACUUCGGCAGAGAAUGCUGGAAUUCUAUCAGGCCAUGUGGUCCAUCAAUCGGGGAAUUGACAAGCAAACUAUAAUGCAGGCCUUUCCCGAGGAGAUGCGUGGAGACAUAGCGCUGCACAUAAACAGGGAGAUGCUUUCGCUGCCUAUCUUCAAGUCGGCUAGCAUCGGCUGUCAAAAGAGCAUCGCCCAACUCAUUGGUACUCGCUUUGCCACGCCCGGCGAAUACCUUGUGCAUCGUGGUGAUGCCAUUCGCAAUCUCUACUUCGUUUGCAGCGGUUCUCUCGAAAUUCUCGAUGAAGAAGGCUCGGUCAAGGUCGACACUGACUUGAUCAAGUGA